CAACCCUCUCUCUCUCCUCCCUCUCUCUUCUCUCCCCUCCAUCUUUAGCAAAGCUUUGUUUCCCUUUAGCCAUGGCAGUUUUGGCCUAUUCCAUUUCCACACAAAGAAGCGUCCUUAUAUCUGCUUUGCCUACAUUUGCUCUGUCGUGGACAGAGAAAGAUCCCCCUUUCCUCGCUUCAAGCGCGACAAAUCUUCCAAAAUCAAGAAUGGUCGAACCAUUUUCGGUAACACCGAAUCAAAUCACUUUUCUUUUAUCAGUACGUUUCAUUUUCGGGUACAAAAGCUUUAAGAGAUUUUGUCUAUUUCUUCCUUUUCUGGAUCGGAUGAUGGAGAUACCUGCAAAAAAAUCCGAACGUUUUGAUUUUGAAUGAGGUAUCUUUGACCAAAAUCCCAAUCUCAAUUCCCGCCCAGAUUUCGAACCCUAGAGGAACCCAAAAAUCAGCCUAUAAAUUCUCACUUUCGAUCCAACAGAGGGGAGGUUUUUUUUGGGGGUCUAAAAAAAACAGUAGCCAUAUAUUAUUGAAAAUCAUCAUAUUUCUUGAGCAUUCGAAGUUUCGGGUUAUUUUUGGGGGGAACUGACAUUGAAAUGUUUUUGAGAUAAAUAAAAUCUCUUUUCAAACAAAAGCAUACUGUUUUCUUUUUGCUGAUAUCGAGGUUUCGAUUCGAAAGACUUUUUUUGAGUUCGGGUUUGUUGUGUUCGAGCAUCGAUCUGAGACCCGACGCCCCAUUCACUGCACCCGCGAAAGGUAUGGAUUUACAUUGGAGUACGUCUGUGAUCAACAAUUGACGAAGACCAAGGACGUCACUAAAUGGGGCUGAGAGUUAGACAUAGGAAAUUGCAUUUACGUUACUUAGAUUAGGAAACAUUUUAUGUUGUACUCAUUUGAUAUGUAUAAUAUUACAUUACUUCUGUACUUUAUUUUGGGAAAUAGAAUUUGUUUAAUUAAUCAAAAGCAAUGGAAUGACGUAUUAUGACACACUUUACCCUUCAAACAAACGUUAGGCCUACCUCUGGCACAAAGAGGUCACAUGCAUAUUAGGACGCGUUAUUGUUUGAUAUACCCAUGUACAUUUGUUUGACAACUUGUUGGACUUUAUUUGAUGAAUUAUUUGCUAUAUGACUUACUUGACUUUACGUGAUCAUGACUUUACCUAGACUGACAUCAUUUGCACUUUAUGUUUCUUUUUAUUUUAUUCCCAAAGAGUUGAUUCGUGUUGACACUCGAGCUGGCCGGCCAUCUUUACUACACAAGGUAAAAAACGUCAUCAUUACCGCGACGCAGUUGGGUUGUUCAAGGAAUGGAAAUUAUUAUGUCUGAUCCGGCCGCAUCUAUUUCAACUUGUUUGGAAAACAUCGUAAUCUCUAGUGAUCCCCCCGAGACUUCCGAACAUAGAACCACUAUUCAACAUGACGAACAUAUUGCCCGCCUGACUCAAGAGAUUGAGGACCUACGUGGCGAACUAAAUCGGGUUAGGGACCUGACCAACCUAUCCGUUACACUUCAAAGUCCACCUCCUGAACCCAGAAUUGUCGCACCGAACCCACCUCGUUUUCCAUCACUCGAAUCUCCAGUUCCUGAACAUUUUCCUCUAUAAAAUAAUGCAACUACCAAAAACAACUUUCCUCCAAUCACCCUCGCAAAUCCACCAAAUCUAUCAUACGUCUAUACUCCUACACAGAGUCAACCACCCACUUACACUACCUAUGCUACUCCAAAUCCACCACCCGUCAACCCACCAAAUCAAUCACAAGUUCAUACUCCUUACAUUCAUUUACCCACCAACACUAAUCCACCACCUACAAAUACUCCUCUAAACCCACCAAACCAACUACCUACAAACACCACUUAUAACACACCACCUCCAGUCCAAAACACUCCCACUGUCCAAACUUACCCAACCUAGCAUAUACAAGGGGAACAUUUUGCCACUCCUAAUGCACAAUAUGUUCCUCCGGUAUAUGCAGCGGAAACACAAGCCUUCACCAACCCAGUAAUGGUUAGGUUCCAGCCCGAGGUAGAUUAAUACGAGGAAAUGGAAAAGGAGGCAAAGGAAAGGGCGGAUGACAUGUUGUUAAAGGAGAUACACAGUCUCAAAGAGGCAAUGAGAAACCUUCAAGUUUCCAGAGGAAGCAAAAGUGUAGAAUAUGAGAAUCUGUGUGUUCAGCCUGACGUUGACUUACCCGCAGGCUACAAACCGCCGAAAUUUGAUACUUUCAAUAGAACCGGCGAUCCCCAUACACACUUAAGGGCUUACUGUGACAAGCUGGUUGGAGUAGGUAGAGAUCAGAACAUAAGGAUGAAGCUAUUCAUCAUAAGCUUAUCUGGUGAGGCCCUUACUUGGUAUACACAACAGGACGUCUGUAAAUGGCGUGGUUGGAGUGAUAUGGCACAAGACUUUAUGGACCGAUUCAGUUUCAACACCGAUAUCACACCGGACAGAGUCUACAUGACUAAGCUAAAUAAGAAGUCAACUGAGUCAUUCCGCGAAUAUGCGCUGCGUUGGAGGUCAGAAGCAGCCAGGGUUCAACCCUCAAUGAGUGAUAGAGAAAUGACUGCUACCUUCAUUGAAUGCCAGGCUGGCAUAUUUUAUGAGAAAAUGAUAGGUAUGAUGGGACAGAAAUUCACAGAAGUUGUCAGAAUGGGAGAAGCCUUAGAAGAAGGAAUCAAAUCCAGAAAAAUUCAGGAUCUUACGGCCUUGCAAGUUGUAAACAAAGCUAUUCAAUCUGGUUCUAUCAGCGGGCUUAAAAAGAAGAAAUAAGAUGUCACCGCAGUCAUGAAUAUCCAAAGACAUAAGCUGAGCCAAGCCAUCACGUAUUUUAACCAUCCACAACAACCUUUCUACCCUUACCAAUACACCGAACCCUACCAAACUCCACUAUCUCCUUACCCUGUCUACAAUACCCAAGCAAAUUACUACCAACCUCGAGCACCUCACCAUCAAAACCCACGUCCAUACCAAUCCGUUCAAGCUCCCACUUACCAAAAUUGACCACAUACUACACCCAAAAUCCGUCCAAACCCUGACAUCAAAAACACCCGUAAUUACACUCGGUUCGCUGAACCCUUGGCUCAAUUGUUCGAAAGACUGAAAGCUGCAGGCGUGAUACAACCAAUUGAAGGGAAAAUUUCCGAUCCUAUUCCAAGAUGGUUUGAUGGUUCCAAGCGCUGUGCAUACCAUUCUGGAGUUGCUGGGCACGACACUGAAGAUUGCUAUGGGCUUAAAAACAAAAUCGAAGCCUUGAUUAAGGAAGGAGCAAUCCAGCUCACUGGAGCUAGGCCCAAUGUGGACAAAAACCCUUUGCCUACUCAUGAAAAUGCCAACAUGAACAUGAUAACUGUCGAGGAAGAUGGGGAUUCGAAAGAAGCCAUUAUGCCAACCGGAAAGUUGGAGAUGAUUAUGUCAUCAACUUUUGUUGCUCCCGUGGGAACAAUCCAAAAACAAGCACCAAUGAAGAUUGCUGCUACAAUUAUUCGCAACUCCGAGACACCGACCAUCCAGGGUGCCGAACCAGGAUAAAUUCUGAAGAAUUGGACUUGUACUCCGUCCCUGGUUCGCUGGGAGUCUUGGUAGAUUGAACUGUAGUGAACUUUUUUGAGAUAGCACGAUUUUAAAAUUGAGGCUUAAAUCGUGCCCCAAAACUUUUGUUGCUUUGACUCAUCUUUUGAAAGCUUAAAUUGCACAAUCUAUGAAUGCAUUUCUGAUUUUCCUUAACUAUUUGUUAUUUGUUAUUUUCUAUUUUACUUUAGUAUACAAAUUAUCAAAUCUGCCAAUUUCAUGAUUGUGACAUAAAAUGAACGAAUGAACCAAGUACACCUCGAGA